AUGCUUUCCCGUGAGGCCAUCGUCACCCUCCGCGCGCCGCGUCACAUUUCCCCGCCUCCACCCACCUUUUCUCCCUCAACCCUCGGGUUCCUCGCCGUGCAGUGGACCGUGUUGCAGUCGACCGGCCCUCUACAGCGCGUGACGACACGCGACGGCACCCCCCUAGCACCAGAGUCCGACGACGCUGCCGCAGCGAAGACCAUGCUCAGCCUGUCGGCCUCAACCAAUCUGUCCACCCCAGCCACGAUGGCAGCACUCCAGCACUCGCCUUCGCCCUCAAACAGCACAGAAAUCGAGAUCCUCGCCUGGGGCAAAGAGGGCCAGCUCGCGGACUGGAUGGUCGACGAGGGCGACGGCUGGAUCGGCGACGGGUCGGGCGAGCGGCGGGCCGACUGGCGCGACAGCUACGUCGUCGCCUACGUCCACGGCAGCGGCAGCAGCAGUGCCGGCGGAGAAAAAAGCGAGAAGAAUGAGGGACAAACCCCCGCCAUCGAGAUAUGGAACAGGUUCGGGCCGGAGCGGCCGCUGCAGGACGCUACGCUGGCGCAGAUCCGCGCUGCGCUAGACGCGGUGCCUGACGACGGGUUCCGCGCGCUCGCGGCGGCGUUGAUCUACACGGGAGGAGUGAUGGUUUUAGGUGCUCUCUCUAGAGACGUGUUUGUGAGGUUCAAGCUAGACAGGUGA